AUCAGUAAAAUUUGUGAAAAUGUGAUAUUCUGUUUUCAUCGUAAUGCCGGCCUGCCGUCAUGACAGACCAGGCUUUCAGGAGAAGGAAAAGAUAAACAGAUAUGCAAAAUACGAUAUUUUUUUAACUCCAAACGACGAUGCAAAGGCUAUUUUUUAUCUAUCAUCAGUUCUAUCCUAUCAGUUCGAACUAAGUGCCCAGGAAACAAACGUUUUGCGCUACGUUUCACUACCAUGUGAUUGAGGUCGUCGCCAAAUGUCGUCAUGCACAUGCACAAUGCAACAACGAACACAUAGCCUCAUUAAACUAACGAUCUGUUCGUCAAAUAAUUAUAGACUAAACGUUGAAAUUGAUUAUUUUUCAUAUCAUGUUUGACCUCAUUCAGUAAUUAAUAAGUCGCACCGUGUCACGUUCAACAAACGAGUUAACUUUUGAUUAGUUUAAUUCCCUCAUCACGAUAUUUUCAUGAGCAUUUUUGGGCGGGGCUUCGAAAUAAAAAUUAUGUAUAGCUCUUUAUAUCCACGAACUUUUACUACCUCCAGCAUUCUGUUUAUAUGAAGUGUAAAUGCAUGGUAUACUUAAUUCGGUAUAGUGUUGAUACUGUUAAAGGUGGAUAAAAUUCAUCAUCGAAUAUUAAAAAUGUCAAUUACUGACACUUAUCAUGACCAACUUUGGCAAGACGAACUCUGGGGGAUUCUAGUAAUAGCUAUAGUUGUCUUAAGAAGGGCCUGGAGGUGAACUGCAUCAGUCACAUCACGUUGCUCACAUCACUAAUAAUUAAUUUUAAUUAUAAGAACGGCGGCUCUUAUUUUUGGAGGCUUACUAUUUUCUAGUGUUCGACAGACAAGACGAAGGACAGCAUUACCAUUUUGCGGCGAAUUCCGAAGCUGAGUAUAACGACUGGAAUAAACAUAUAAAAAAUGCAAGCUACGAAAAGCUUAAAGAAAAAUUACAAAAACUAUGUGAACAGAUUACCGAGAUGACUGGUGAGCACCCGUUACCGCAUAACCAUCCAUUUCGUGAUGAUAACGACAGCGAGCCUCCAAAACCACCAAAACCGCUUCACAAACCUCCGUUGCUGGAAAUAAGCAUGGCUUGCAAUGAUCUAAAACCAACUGUGGAGAAUAAAUAUCCAAAUGCAGUUAUAGUUGUUAGUACUAUGACCCCUCCUGGAGCAACUUGGUCCAGACUUGCACAGACUGAAAUAAUAGAGCAAAAACGUCACCCAUAUUUCUUGACGACUAUAAGCAUACCUUCUGGUGGAAAUUACAGUGAGGUAACAAGACUAAAACUUGCUGUCUUUGAUGUUCGCGACCGAGAUAAAGAAGAGAUGACUCAUUUGGGUCAGGCAGUUUGUACAAUCAAGGAUAUAUUGGAUUCCACGAAUCAGAAAAUUCAACUUUCUCUUACUGGCUUGGACUCUCCAACGGCCUCAGGGACAAUAACAUUUAGGCUGGAAGAUACUUUGGCGGACACUGAUGGAACGUUCAGACCAAGAUGUGGCUCAAUAAACAAGUGCGUAAACGAUAAUCGUUUGAAGCAGUUGUGUUAUAGGCUUGGGUACAGAGGUGAAGUUUGUGGAUAUGAUGGGCGAAAGCUUUCUGACGUUCAGAAUUCCUCAACAAUUACUUAUCAUUUUUAUUGUCUUACAUUUUGUGGUCUGGACGUGCUUCGAGGUCGUCUUGAUGUAAAACUCAAUGGUCGCCUGGUAGUGCGAUAUUGCCUGAUACGUCGGGUUGUACGGAAGACAAAACGCGUUGUUUGUCGUGGUGGUGUUGGUGUUUUUCUGUUGGUGUUUGUUGAACGGUCAGGAAGACCGCUGAUGGUGUUGCCUUUAUUCGCCUUGUUUCGUUGA